AUGCAGACUCGCACCCACUUCGCCAAUCAAACCCCGCUCCCGAGCUCGAUCUCAGAAGAUGCGGUGCUUCGAACCCUCCACGACCACGCCGCCAUGAUCAAGCAGAAUCCGCUGGUCAUUCACUACGAACGAUGUGACCCUCCGGCGAACGCCUCGUCCGAAGAUCUCCACGGCAUCUGGUACGAGCUGACGGAUCGAGUGGCCUACCUGCCCUGGGGCUUGUUACACGGAACGGUCAAGUAUCGGGGUUGCUUCCAUGAUACCCCACGGGGGCUGCGGACACAUAUCUACGCGCCCAUGGGGGUGCACAUUCGAAACCUCUGGACGGUCCAUCGCCAGGCCGCCAGGGGGAGUGAGGAGGGGGAGGAGACUGGGCCUGCGAGAGACUCGGGAGAGUUGGCUCUGCAUGAGGAGAUUGAGCUUGCGUGUCCUCUGGGGAUGACCACUUUUAUCCGUCGCACGCUUUCCCAGGCACAUCGGGAAUUGGUGAGGCGAUUAAGUACGGCUGGGUCGGUCGGUCGGGCGUGA